CGAAACAGUUGAGAAUCACUGAAGAUCUUGGUGGCGGUAGGAGAGGCACGUUGAAACGCGAUUGUUAGUGAUCGUGAAAGCGAUUGUUGGCUGAGCAGAUUGUUGUGAUGAUCUGUUCGAUUAAACGUGAACAAUGUCUAAUCUUUUACGAAGUCUGGUGUUCGGAGUGUUUCUUGGCCUCGCGAACACCAGCAUGCCACAUCCAUGGUAUGAAAGUUUACCCGCGGUGGCUUUAGAUUACAAAGUUCAUAUUGAUGCCGGAAAGGAGGAUUGUUACUUUCAAUAUGUUCAUGCUGGCGCUACAUUCUACGUAAAUUUUCAGGUGGUACGUGGUGGAGAUGGAAAAGCUGGUUUCGCAGUAAGAAAUCCAGAUGGAGUGAUAGUUCAUCCCUAUCAGUGGCUUUCUAACUCAGAUUAUCAAGAUACUGUGAAAAAUGCUGGUUACUACAGCAUUUGUAUAGAUAAUCAGUUUUCCAGAUUUGCUUCAAAAUUAGUUAAUUUAUACAUUACAGUGAUCAGAUAUGAGGAAUGGGAUAAAUAUUCCAGAGAAAUAGAAGAAUUGAAUGUUUCUGUGGAAAACUUUACAUCUACGAUAACCACAGUGGAAAAAAACAUUAACGAAAUGCUUCAAACUCAGCAUUUGAGCAGAAGUAGAGAAGCUCGUGAUCUAAAUUUAUUGUUGGAUAACAAUUCUUAUGUCCAAACGUGGUCUAUUGCACAAAUAAUUGUUAUAAUGGUAACAACAACAAUACAGGUAUAUUUUGUAAGAAAAUUAUUUGAAGUGAGACCAUCUAGAUACUCCAGGGCACGCAUAUAAAUGUUAUUAAGAUGUGUCGUGCAAAAGUGAACAUAGCUGAAGAAGUUUUCUGCAUUUAUUACUGGAAACGAUAAUUACAAAUAUGCUGGAAUGUUUAUGUAAAAAUAUAACACUCUUAUUUUCAGAAAAUUA